GCGAUUUAAACAUUUGAACAAAUAUGACAAGACAUUUUAAAUGCUCGUAUCGGCCAUUGAUUGGAUAUUUUGCGCAACAAAAAAAUCGUUAUCCGCUGACAAAGUCGUCUUUUUUAACGAGAGGCGACUAUUUUAGAAGCCGAAUUCAAUAGGAAUUUCCGAUUUCAAUUCCACCCUUCAAAACAUCCAGGCCGCGACCCUGUAUUUGGGGUCUGUGUUAGUGAAACAUCGCAUGUUGUCGGCUUUAAGCUUAAGGUACUUGUCUUCUUAUGGGAAUAUUUACCUCGUUUUGCGGAAACCUACUGUGUCUUAUUUCAAUUUUAUUUUUCAAAAAAUAACACUAGAGACGUUCACAGAAAUUUUAAUCUUGAACCAACAACGACCGUGUUCUAUGUAAAUUUCCAUUAAUUUAACGCAUAUAUGCAUAAUUUGUGUUUCAAAAUAUCUUAAAUCUAAAUAAGUGAAAAAGAAAUUCGUGAAAUGGCUGAACGAGAGCCCCAACCUCCUGUUAUUCAAGUUCAACUUCCAGCUAUCACUGUCAAUUAUCAGGACGUAACAAAGUUUGCUGGAGACAAAGUUCGGUUGAAGACGGAUGUUAAGGCUGCAAAGAUUCGUCAGGUCGUCGUUCCAACAACAGGUCACUCAGAAGAUACUCAGUCUGACACGUCGCAACCUGACUCGAUCGCAACAUAUGUUUUCAAAGAAUCAGAAGAAGAAAAAAUAGAGAAGUCAUCACAAAACACCGAGCCUACAACGCCAUCAUCAUCGUCUGACGUCACAGGACAGAUUGCAAGUAUGAAUUUGAGUGACGGAAUGAUGAAUUUCAUCGCAUUUGAGAAUUUGCGUCAUCUCAUGGAAAAUAACAAGUUCCUUGAAGCUGUGGAUCUGAUUGAAGAAUUUUUGCCGUCGCCAUGUCAACAGUUAAUGAUGUCAGAAUGCUACUUUCAACUUGGAAGGGAAAGAAACGCAUUGAGGUGCGUUGAAGCGUUACAGACAAUGAUGACGUCAUCGCCGAGACCAAUGGUCGGUGACGUCACAAAAUUAGUUGAUAUUUAUAUUUCUGAUUCAUCUUAUAUUCGUGCAUUGAUUUUACUCUCUUGUUGUGCUAAGUUGUAUAAGAUCGAUUCGAACCCGAUUAUCUCGGUUGUUGGUAUUAUGCAUUGCUCAUUUAAUUGCUACCAUGUGAUCAAGGCUCUGGCUCAGGAAGGCGAUAGAAUGAAAGGGAUUGCAACGGAUGUUGGCUUGGAAAUGAUCACUGAUAUGUUGAAAGAGUUGAGAUCAGUAUCAGGGGCGGAUAAGGAUGAUAAGGUGAAUAUGGAAGCAGAUUGCUUGAAUUAUGUAGGUGCAAGUUACGGUGCGGUUGGUAAAUCUGAGAAAGCGAUCGAAUUUUAUAACGAAGCUGUAGAUUUGAUGAAAAAAACGUUUGGUUCGGAGGCUACAAAAUAUAAUUUGGUUGGGGAUCUAUUAAGCAACAUUGGUACUGCGCAUGAUUAUCUCGGUAAUUAUCCCAUGGCUGAAUCGUUUUAUUUGCAAUCCCUGGAUGUGUAUGAAAAAGCAGAGGAUUGGUCUAGUUAUGAGGUGAAACAUGAAAAUAUAAAAAUGUCCAAUAUAAACUUGAGAAAUACUCGGGAAAAAUAUAAAAAAUAGAUUUUCCGAAUAAACCUUGUAGUUGGGGACGCUAUAAUUCAAUGUUUAUCAUGAAAUUUAUUUGAACUUUGUACAAUUGAUGCCGAUUUGUACAAUUAAUGAACUAUUAUAAGUUUCUUAAUUUAAAUUAGAGGAUUAGAACUACAGACCUUGAUAGGUAGAGUAGACAUAGAAAAUAGGUAGGUAGAGUAAAUCUGACCUUGCUUCAAGCAGAUUUCACAAUAACAAUUUUUAGCCAUGAGGAUUGCAUUUUUAUAAUAGGAGAAUUUGUAAUUAUAAAUAAGUGUUGAUUUUUAGCACUGUAUUUAUUUCAUCUGCACUGAAGUGUGUCCCUCCUUGAUUUAUAUUUCGCAAUUGCUUUAAUAUAUAUUUUUCUCUUAUAUCAAUAGAUGAGACUUAAUUUAUUCCAUCAGUGUUGAUUUCAAACCAAGAUCUUUAAUUCAAUAUAAAUAAACAAACAUAUUUACAGUCCCCAUGAUUGAACAAUGAAUGUAAAAACCCAUCCCGUACCUGUGUUUGCAUCGCAGUUCACACUUCUACAAUUCAAAGCCAAUUGGCUACCUGUAUAGGGCCUUGUUCGGAGAGAAAUACAUGACCAAGUGUCUUAUAAAAAAUGAAGUCCGUUUCCCUUUUUAAUCUAUGUAAUCCUGAACAAUUUAAAAUUUUGUAGAAAAUUUUGACUUUAGUUUCCGCCUUUACCCUUUGAACUCCGAAGAAUCUAAAUUUCGGUCCCGGAAAUGCGACACCAAUGAGAGUUUGCCGAACUCAAACAUCCCAACUAUAAACUGUGUAUUUUAUCCCAAAGGCAUCAGGGAACCCUUUGCUACUAUAGAGAUAUUUCCAAAUGUAUUUUUGUUGUUAUUUUACCCGAUUAAUUUCAGUGUUUUACAUUGUUAACAUGUAUUCUGCUUCUAAUAUAAAGUAGAUUUGGCUUAUUUGUAGUUUGUAGAGCAAUUAUGUAUUCAUUUUGAACCCUGAUGAUAGAUAACGCUCCAGUGAUUCUCGAUUUGCAGAAUUAUUCUCAAGUUCUUUGAUUUAUGUACCCUAAAAAAACACACAAAUUAACCAAUAUUUCAUAGUUAUUUCUCAUGUUAUUUUCAUCGACUCAAAGCAUGAAAUCUGACAGGCAAAGUCUGGAUUUCGAACCUUCUUACAAAUUAUACUGAUUGUAUUAAUCGCUCCAUUUGAUAUCGAUGCCCAAGUACAAGCUUGCCUGUCAUUGAUCGUAAUCUACCUGACAAAUCACUGACAAGCCAUGCCCGACAUUUUUAUUGAUAUUGAUCGUAUAGUAAUGCAUGUUUACUGUUAUUUUACUUUAAUUCAUUUUGUGUUUUAAUGGUUUUUGCAGCGAUGGAUGUAGUGGUUGAAUAAAUAUAA